AUGCGCAGUUUCACCUUCAAGUGGCCGCAUGAUGCCGAAGAAGUCUACGUGACUGGCACUUUCGACAAUUGGACGAAGAGUCAGCAACUGGAGAGGGUCGGCCAGAUCUUCCAGAAAACGGUGACACUUCCGGAAAGCUCUGACAAGAUCUACUAUAAGUUCGUUGUCGACGGCACGUGGACGACUGAUCACACUGCACCUCAAGAGAAGGAUCACGAAGGGAACGAUAACAACGUUUUGCUUCCCGAACAAAUGGAUAAGCUAGAAGAAGCUUCUCAGGCUGCGGCCAUCAACAACGUCAUCCCGGAGUCCACCACGGCUCAAUUGGCGGGCGCUGUCCCCCUUGAGGGCACAACGAAGGAGAAGACGGAGCCCAAGCAGGAGAAGCAGGAGGAACGAGAAGCAACUGCCUCGGAUGCCCCAGCUAUCCUCAACUCCGCCGGCCCCGACUCGAGCACAGCUCAGUUGGCUGCUGCCGUACCACUGGUGAAGAACGGUGAUUCUCUUCCCGGCGGCUAUCCUGAGACCCCCGAGCUUGAGAAAGAGGUGAAGAUCAGCCCGCUUCCCGCAGCUGAGGGAGCCAUCAAUCCCAUCAAGCUCGAGGCGGGCCAGGCGGUUCCGAAGGAUGUGUCAGCCAGCGCUCUCGACAAGCAUGUCACGCUUGAUAAGGAGUCGUAUGAGAAGAGCGAUCGUAUUCCGGGCAUCGACACGGAGACUACGCUUCCGGCCGUUACCGGCAACAUGAUCCCUGAGUCGUCUUUGCCCAUCACCGGCGCCAAUGAUGUCACUAUCAACACCGCCGCUCCUGGGGCGAGCACCGCCUCCAUGGCUGGUCAAGUUCCCCUGGAGGAGGGCCCCAGGGUGCCCGAGAUCGUCAAGAAGAGCCAAGAGGAGGCGAACGUUGAACCUGAGGCAAGCGCCAUCAGUGAGGAGGUGAAGGAGAAGGCUGCCGUUGAGGAGGAGCUCCUUGGAAAGGUUCCCGAGGCGCCGUCAACAUCUGAGGGCACUGCCGGCAAGGGGACUGAGAAGUCUGAGACGGACAAGACGGGUGCUGAGAAGGUGCUAGCCGCGGCUUCCGCGGCCGGCGAGGUAGCACUGGGCGCUGCGAUCACUGCUGGUAGCGUCGCUGCCGGGCUUGCGGUGAAGGCGAGCGAUGCUGCAGCUGAUCUUGCGGCCAAGGCUUACCCUGUUGCCUCCGAUGCCGCCAGCAAGGCCACAGUCGCUACCUCCGAUGCGGCGACCAAGACCACAACCGCUACACUCAAGGGAGCCCUACCGGGAACGGCCCGAGGGGACACCAACGAGAAUCAGGCCGCCGCAAUCGACAGCGUGUCCUCAGAAGUUCCGGCCGAAGUCAAGGAAUCCAUCAAGGAAGCGGGCGUGAGCCCGGAGGCCGCUGUCAACGCGGCCGCUGUCGAGGAAAAGAAGGGAUACGAGGCUGAGCUUCUGGAGAAGGUGAAGCCGACGGAAGCACGUGGCGAUUUAUCCACCGGGAAGGCACUCGAUGAAUUACCCACCGAGGCUGUCGGGGAGAUCAAGGCCGCCGGCGAGACCAAGCCUCUAUCCGCCGAGAAAGCACUUGGCGAAUUACCCACCGGGGCUGUCGGGGAGAUCAAGGCCGCCGAGGACAAGCCUGCUGAGGGACUGAAGCAGGCGCCCGCACCUGCCGAAGCCCCUAAGGCUGAGACAAAACCAGCCCCUGUUGAGGAGGGAAUGGCUCUGGCUGUCGAGCCGCCUCAACCCCCCGUGGCGGUCAAGACUGUUGAUGAGGCCAAGCCCGCAGAGACGACUGAGCAAGCUGCGCCGGCAGAGGCAGCCAAGACCGUGGAGGCCCAGCCAACGACCAACGGUGCGGCAGCUUCCACCGCCGCAUCUAUGAGUGCGGACAAGUCCGCCGCUGACGGCCAGUCUGAGAAGAAGAAGAAGCACAGAAUCAGCGGCUUCUUCAGCAAGCUGAAGCACAAGUUCGCUUAA